UCAGAAACACAUUGCAAGCCCGUGCAAAAAAAAAAAAAAGAAACCCAUUGCAAGCAGUUACAAAUCGCCUAGCCAUCAUCACCACCGCCGCAAGCAGUUGCAAAUCGCCGCCGUCCGUCGCAUUCAAAGUCGCCGUCCGUCCGUCCAUCUAGCUUCCCUCGUGCUCCAGGUCUCUAACCCCUGUUCACUUUCACCGAAAGCAGCUUCCUCCUCGAGGUCAGCUCGGCGUCCGUCGUCUUCGCAGCGCAAAGUCCGCCGCCCAAGCCAUUGAAUCCCUUUUUCUUCGCGGAUUGAAGUUCUUUCCCCUUGCUUCUCGUUCGAUCUGGCAGAAGGCCCACUUUCCACCCCCAAUCCGUUCUGCUAACUGCAGAGCACUAGUGGAGGAACUCUGCCGUCGCUGCGCCGAAGAGGAGGACCUUGAACUUCCGCCGUGUUGUCGCCAUCGUCUGUCGCCGUCCGUCAACCAGUUCAACCAGAAUAUCUCAGUUUUGGAAACCUUCUGAUCUUGGUGGUUCAAAUACGAUUCCCCAUAGUUCUCGAUAUCUGAAUGAUUUUGAGGAGCUACUGCCUCUUGGUGGUGCAGUGAUUAAAUUGGAUGACCAGUGUAAAGAGUUCCUAAUUCUUGUUUCAUUUGGAUGUUAUAGCUAUUGUCUUAGAUUCAUAGGAGUAAACAACAACAACGACAACAACAACAUCAUCAUCAUCAUCACAAAACAAUGACGGAUUACCACUUUGUGUACAAAGAUGUGGAAGGAGCAUCAACCCAAUGGGAUGACAUUCAGAGGAAGCUUGGCAAUCUCCCUAAGAAACCGCCCGCUUUCAAGCCUCCGCCCUUCGCCCCUGCCCCCGAUCCUGAUUCCCUCUCCAAAGACAAGGCUUGGCUUGAUUCCAGAAAUGAGGAUGAACUUGAAGACCUUGAAAAUGAUCUUGAUGACGAUCGCUUCCUUGAGGAGUACAAGAAGAAGAGAUUGGCUGAGAUGAAGGAAGCAGCUAAAGUUUUGAGGUUUGGAUCUGUGGUUCCCAUUUCAGGAUCUGAUUUCGUUCGAGAGGUUUCACAGGCUCCCUCCGAUGUUUGGGUAGUUGUCAUCCUUUACAAAGAUGGCAUUGCUGAAUGUGGGGUUUUAAUGCAAUGCAUUGAAGAAUUGGCUACAAGAUAUCCUGCAACAAAAUUUGUCAAGAUAAUAUCAACUGAUUGCAUUCCCAACUAUCCGGAUCGAAAUUUGCCCACCAUAUUGGUAUACAACAAUGGAGCAGUCAAAGGAAACUAUGUUGGCAUGCAUAGUUUUGGACGAAGAUGCACUCCUGAAGGUGUUGCGUUGAUUCUGUGCCAAUCGGAUCCCGUACUAAACGACGGUCAAAAUAGAAAUGAGCAAUCAAGAGAAGCUGUCAUUGAAGGAGUUCGGAGAAAGUUUAUAGAGAAAGUUGUCGUCGAUCAUGAAGAUCGUGACGAUGAUGGUUCCUCAAGUGAUUAGCAUUUUGUUUUGGCAACAUGUGGUUUCUUUUAAAUAGAUUUUUUUCCCUUCUUUCAAUUUCCAUGAAAUUAAGUGAUUUUGAUCCACCCACAAUUUGCUUCUGUUGCCAAAGGUUAUGUACCAGUGUUAAUGGUGUUGUACUUUCUUAUAAUAUUUGUGCCAAAAUGUAGCUUUAUGUGUGAUUUUUCAUGUUGUACUUUCGUAGAUUUUAAAACUUAUUCUAGUACAUAUCAUAUGGCUUUGUAUCCUGGAGAGUUAUAAAUGAGGAUCUACCAAUUAUGUAGCUCAUUUUUUUUAUACGAAUAACUAAAUUUUAAUGAU